AAUGUAAUAUAAAGUAAGUUUGAACACUGACCUCCUUUCGUAAGAUAAGAUUGAUAUGAAUGGUUGACAAUAAUGCCGACCAUUUUGCUUAGUAUGAUUUACAUCGGGUUGUUGAGUGGAACAAUACUGCUUCUGACCUCAAGUGUUAAUGGAUUUCUUGUUAACAACCAUUUGCCUCAGCCGUAUGUAUGUAAUUUUGAGCAGUCACAAUGUGGAUUUAACGGAAGUGUCUCUAUGCACGGAAUGGAAUGGGCACGGCUAAAUGUUGCUCUUGGUCAUACUUUCUUGGAUACAGACAACACUUUUCAUACUAAAGGUCAAGGAUAUGUGAUGUUCGCCAACGGCAAGGAUAGCACUCAUUCCGGAGAUAUUGUCAAAUUCGAAUCAAAGCCAUUGAAGUUUCCGCCAAGAUCGCACAUAUCAGUCGGGUUUUCGUACAUCUUCUCGGAGGCUCACACCCAUCCGAUGACUUUGUCUGUUUACCUAACAUCUGGAGGACAAUCACACACACCUAAUUGGGUCAAAACUGGUCACUUGUCUUCAUUGAGACCUCGUUGGCAUAGAGUUUGUUUAGGAACAUCAAUUGUAAGCGAUGACGUCACUGUUGUCUUUGAAGCGAAAGUAUCAUAUAAUUCAAAUAACGGAAAUCUUGCAAUUGAUGACGUCGUAAUUGAACCGGGAACCAGUUGUCAUUUGUACAAUCACCUGUCUACGCCGCCGCCCUCUAUAACUACGACUACGCAUUCUAGCGCAAAUGUAUCUUCAGUGACUUGUAACUUUGACUUACCAAGUAUUUGUGGUUACCUUAACAGAAAUUCUGGCGACAACUUCAACUGGUUAAGACACCAGAUGGCUACACAAUCGGUGGGCACCGGACCAAACAGUGAUCACUCAUCGGGGAGAGGUUUCUACAUGUAUAUAGAAACAUCUUCACCCCGAGUUAAAGGUGACAUUGCAAGAAUAGAAUCACCGUCAUUCACCGCCGCCGGACACCAGCGGUUGACAUUUUGGUAUAAUGUUUAUGGUAGAACCAUUGGAAGUCUGAAAGUUUAUCUGGACACAAAUGAUGUACUAGGAUCUCCAGUUUUUGUCCAGUCUCAAGGUACUAACACAUCGACUUGGCAGCGGGAAUGUAUACAAAUUACCAAAAUGUCCUCAAAUAUGAAGAUAGUUUUCGAGGGUGUGGUUGGCAGUGGUUACCAAGGUGAUAUAGCUAUAGAUGACGUCAUUUUGGAUCAUGGUGACUGUAAGAAUGACGUGGACCCAACGAUACCAACAGUGACUUUAAAUUUUGGUCACUGGUUGUCGUGGGGUUCAUGGAGUAGUUGUUCACACACAUGUGGUGUUAGUACCAAACAUCGUACCAGACAGUGCUCUAGUACUAUAUGUGAUGCUGGACAAAACAGUCAAACAUUGCUGUGUCAUACAAAUACAUGUCCAGAUUCAGGUCACUGGCUGGAAUGGGGCUCUUGGAGUUCUUGCUCCCAUACAUGUGGCUUCAGUACAUCACAUCGCACGAGAAAUUGUUCAAGUAGUACGUGCUCCGCCGGACAAAGCCAUCAAACGCUGCUCUGUCAUAUGAACGCAUGCUCUGUAAAUGGAGGUUGGUCACACUGGUCCACAUGGUCGAAAUGCUCUACGUCAUGUGAUUUAGGAACUUUAACACGUGCUCGUUCAUGUACUAACCCAGUGCCAGCCCAUGGUGGUGCUCAGUGUUCGGGGAACAAGACAGAGACGCAUGAAUGUUCUGUAGGACCGUGUCCUUCUUGGUCACUUUGGUACAACGGUCAGUGUAGUUCGUCCUGUGGAAAUGGCACAAUGGAGCGAAUCCGCACGUGCAGUUCUGGUACAAACUCCGACUGUCCUGGUGACGGAAAACAAUUGAUCCCUUGUGUAGGAACCGAAUGUAUUUAACAUGCUGUUUUCAUUAAGCCAUUUAAAGAAAUAUUACAAAAGUA